CUUUCAGUUUUAACCAUAUCACUGUGUCUCCAAACAGUCUACACACAGUUUGUCAGAAGAGCAGCUUUCUGUUUUGAUGAUACCUGCAUCUUCCGGAAAGACAUGCUUGAUAAGCUAGUUCAGUGUUAAGAUGUUUUACCUGGAAGAUGGUAGUGAAGACAAGGAGAAGGUUCCUGAAGGCUCAUUAAGUAAAACUCAAGAUGUUUACCAUGACAAGGCCUUUCAUGGUAUCCUGUCUCAAACCAUGAAUUAUGUGGGACAGCUGGCAGGGCAGGUGAUUGUCACCGUGAAGGAACUCUACAAGGGCAUUAACCAGGCCACCCUCUCUGGGUGUAUCGAUGUCAUCGUGGUGCAGCAGCAGGACAGCACCUAUCAGUGUUCGCCUUUCCACGUUCGGUUUGGGAAGCUGGGAGUCCUGAGAUCCAAAGAGAAAGUGAUUGAUAUAGAAAUCAAUGGCAAUGCAGUGGAUCUGCACAUGAAGUUGGGUGACAAUGGAGAAGCUUUCUUUGUGGAGGAGACUGAAGAGGAAUAUGAAAAGCUUCCUGCUUACCUCGCCACUUCACCAAUUCCAACUGAAGAUCAAUUCUUUAAAGAUAUCGACACCCAUUUGAUGAAAUCGGGUGGAGAUGAAAAGCAAUCUCAGAGUCCAGACAUCUCACACAUCUUGGAAACAGAGACAGUUUUCACCCCAAGUUCUGUGAAAAAGAAAAAACGAAGGAGAAAGAAAUGCAGACCGGACAGUAGGAAGGAAGAGCAGGCUGCUUCUCCCGCUGCGGAAGACACGUGUGACGGGGGCGGGAGCUCUGAUGACGACAAGGGCUCCCAGUCAGCAAGAGGUUCUUCAAAUGCUUCCUUAAAGGAAGAAGAAUACAAGGAGCCUUUGCUCUUCCACACUGGAGAUCACUACCCCUUAUCUGAUGGAGAUUGGUCCCCUUUAGAGAACACCUAUUCCCAGGCAGCGUGUCCUAAGAGUGAUUCAGAGCUGGAGGUGAAACCCAGUGAGAGCCUGCUCAGAUCGGAGUCUCACAUGGAGUGGACGUGGGGAGGAUUUCCAGAAUCCACCAAGGUCAGCAAAAGAGAAAGAGCUGACUAUCAUCCCAGGACAGCUACAAUUACACCAUCAGAAAAUACCCAUUUUCGGGUAAUUCCCAGUGAGGACAGCCUCAUAAGUGAAGUUGAGAAGGAUGCUUCCAUCGAAGACACUGUCUGUCCUAUAGUGAAACCCAAGCCCAGAGCCCUGUGUAAGCAGCUGAGCGACACACCUCCCACUGCAGAGCUCCUUCAGCCUCUGGAGAGUCCCCAGAUUCCAUCUCUGUUAGAUGUAGACCACCUUCCCAGCCCAUCCUCAGCAGAGGCUGCCUUGGAAUCCAAACCAGCAGCUAAAAUAGACUCACCGUCAAAGAAGAAAGGUAUCCACAAGAGGAGCCAGCACCAGGGACCUGAUGAUAUUUACCUGGAUGAUCUAAAGGCUCUAGAACCUGAAGUUGCAGCUCUCUAUUUCCCUAAAAGUGAGUCGGAUCCCGGCUCCAGGCAGUGGCCCGAGUCUGACACGCUCUCUGGCUCCCAGUCGCCACAGUCUGUGGGAAGUGCAGCUGCUGAUAGUGGCACUGAGUGCCUCUCGGAUUCUGCCAUGGACUUGCCGGACGUCACCCUCUCCCUGUGUGGGGGCCUCAGUGAGAACGGAGAAAUCUCUAAAGAAAAAUUCAUGGAACAUAUCAUUACUUAUCAUGAAUUUGCAGAAAACCCUGGACUCAUAGACAAUCCUAACCUUGUAAUACGGAUAUAUAAUCGUUACUAUAACUGGGCGUUGGCUGCUCCCAUGAUCCUCAGCUUACAGGUGUUUCAGAAGAGUCUGCCUAAGGCCACAGUUGAGUCCUGGGUUAAAGACAAGAUGCCGAAGAAGUCUGGUCGCUGGUGGUUUUGGCGUAAGAGAGAAAGCAUGACCAAACAGUUGCCAGAAGCCAAGGAAGGAAAAUCUGAGGUGCCGCCAAUCUGUGACCUGCCAUCAAGUGCAAAGGAGUCGGCAAGUGCCAGGCCGGCUGAGGAUGACUCCUCGAGUGAUGAGGGGUCACAGGAACUGGAAGACUCAAUCAAAGUGGAGCCCAUCCCCAUGGAGCCCCUGAGCCACGGCAGCACAACGUCAUAUAAGAAGUCCCUUCGGCUCUCCUCAGACCAGAUCGCAAAACUGAAGCUCCAUGAUGGCCCAAACGAUAUUGUGUUUAGUAUCACAACCCAGUAUCAAGGAACCUGCCGCUGUGCAGGGACCAUUUACCUGUGGAACUGGAAUGACAAGAUCAUCAUUUCUGAUAUCGAUGGAACAAUAACCAAGUCCGAUGCUUUGGGACAGAUUCUCCCACAGCUGGGUAAAGACUGGACUCAUCAGGGCAUAGCAAAGCUCUACCAUUCUAUCAACGAGAAUGGCUACAAGUUUCUGUACUGUUCAGCCCGUGCCAUCGGCAUGGCCGACAUGACCCGUGGCUACCUGCACUGGGUCAAUGACAAGGGCACAAUCUUGCCCCGCGGCCCUCUGAUGCUGUCCCCCAGCAGCUUGUUCUCUGCCUUCCACAGGGAAGUGAUAGAAAAGAAACCAGAGAAGUUCAAAAUUGAGUGUCUAAAUGAUAUUAAGAAUCUGUUUGCUCCAUCCAAGCAGCCCUUCUAUGCUGCCUUUGGAAACCGUCCAAAUGAUGUCUAUGCUUACACACAAGUUGGAGUUCCAGACUGUAGAAUUUUCACUGUGAACCCCAAGGGUGAAUUAAUACAAGAAAGGACCAAAGGAAACAAGUCAUCGUACCACCGGCUGAGCGAGCUUGUGGAGCAUGUGUUCCCACUUCUCAGCAAGGAACAGAAUUCCGCCUUUCCCUGCCCGGAGUUCAGCUCCUUCUGCUACUGGCGAGACCCGAUCCCUGAAGUGGACCUGGAUGACUUGGCCUGAGAUGGCACCUCCACUGGGCAGGUAGGGCUCAGUCACUUGUCCCACAGCAAGGGAAGGUGACCAGCCCUUCUGCCAACCUCGGACACCAGCUUUCCCAAGCACGGCUGGGGGCUCCUGGAGCUGGCACUGCUGUCCUUUGCCUUCCUAAGCUGGCUGCUUGGACCCCGCAGGUCUGCGGCUCAGCGCGAGGGACCAGGGCAGAGCUCAGCCCAGGGCUGGAGGCUGUGCUUCCUCCCUCGCAGGCUGCACACAUACUUCGUCGAGUUGUGCGUGGGGUGCUCCUUCCAUCACACAAUUUAAAAGAAAGAAAAAAAGCUAAAAAAGAGUGGACCAAAACAUUACACAGAGUAAACUGUUACAAUUUCCAUGGGGCAUUUGAGCUGGUUUCUCUGUAACCAGGGCUGUCUUCAGAGGCUCAGACCCUCUGAACUGCCACAAGUCCAGUUAGUGAUGUGGGCUAAGACUGUGCACAUUUCCCCAUUGGGCGCCUCACUUCCUGCUGUAUUGGACAGGACUGCUGCUUGGGUGGGCCAACUUGGGCAGGACCCCCCAGGCCCCUGCCCCAGAGCCACUGAGCCCAGCCCCACAGAUGUGGGCUUCCGGAGGACAGAAUCCCCCUAGAUCAGCGGUUCUCAACCUGUGGGUCGCGACUCACAGGAACUGUAUUAAAGGGCCACGGCAUUAGGAAGGUUGAGAACCGCUGCCCUAGACGGUCUUCUCAUGAGUCUUCCCCACAGUGAGAGACCUUUACGUUAUUUUUUACAUCUAACCAGAAGAACAGAUUUUGCAGAUCUGUAUUCGAUGUCUGCAAUUAAAACGUCAAAAGUGGGAAGUUGGGUUUUAAAACAAAACAAAAAAACCCAACAACUAUAUUUUCAGGGAGGCCCUGGAAAUGCAGAUACAGUUGCAUUGGUCCCGGGAAGAGUGCGGUUUCUUUCUGCCAGUUGCCUGGCCUAGAUGGGCCUUUGGGUGUCUUGCUUUUUUUUUUGAUUUCUGAAAUUCUGUGGUCCAGAUUUGUCAGGGAAGCACAGUGAAGUUUGCUUGAAAGCAUUAGGCUUUGACAUUUGAAAUCACCACCCUGUAAUAAAGCCCAAUGGACGCUGUGCAAGAGGGGUCUUGGAGAGUCCUGUGAGCCCACAUCCCUCAUCACUGUCCCCUCCAGCCAGGCAUUCCUGUGGUUGGUGGUGUCAAGGCCGCCCUGUGAGACCCAUGAGGGUGUGAGAUGCCCACGUGUUCUCACUAAAAUGUGCACAGCAGCUCCACUUAUUGGCUCAUUUAUUUAUUAUAAUGAGCUCAUAUCAAAUGUCCAGGCAGAUGGCACCAAGGCAGGAUUGUGUGCUGUCCUCCCCUCGGAGCAUUCACAGCUACUGCAAUAUUGACACCAAGAGAGCUGCAAGAGAGGAGACUUCCUAGGGGACCAGAAAUGGCACCAGGUCAUAGUCACCACGGUGAGAGCACAGGAGGUCAAGGCUCCUGAGCAGAGGGGCUGCAGAUACAGACUGACGGACUCUGCAGUCAUAUGGGGCUGGUGGUCUUGCUUUAGGUCUUGAUCUAUAAAGGGGGAAUAGGGGAGGUUAUUUUUCCAGAUUGGAGAGUUGAAAGUCCUUGACGACUGACUGCAGCUGUUUUUUCCUAGUGCUGGUGGGUGCACAGAGGACAUUGAAAUGCCUUGAGCACAAUUCCCAGGGGCAAAACCUGGGAGCCACAUGUGCCCAGAGAAGGGACAACACAAGCUUUCUCUGGUGCAAACCUUGUUCUUCUUAAAUAGUUCAUAAGACUGUUUAAUCAAUUUAUUUAUGUAUAGUGGGUUAGGGAGCCUAGGUUAUGUUUAUAUGGAGUUCUAUCCAGUUAGUGAAUUAAAAUCCUAGCAGAGCAGCCAUGUAGCCACUUCAUUCCAUAGACGCCGUCCUCAUGUCCUCUUGACUGCCUUCUGGUUAGAGGAAGAAUAAGAGCUUUAUGUGUUUAACCUGAGCUUCGUAGGACUUCUUUGCAUAGGAGUGGUACUAAAAAUCUUAAUAUACAUCUUUAGUUCUUUUUAGGUUGUCCUUUAAAGAGUUUUUGACUAGGGUGUUUCUUUUUCUUGACAAGCUCUUCUCUAAAUUUAGACACGUGGCCUUGUUAGAAGGUCCAGCCUAGGACAUGGGUCCCGGCCCUGUGUUGAGAGUGGCUGGCCCCUGUGUCCCAGUGUCCGUUAGCACUAGACUUGGUUGCUGCAGAUUGAUCCAGUGGGUACAUAGGCUGAUUAAUGUGAGUCUUUUUCCUUGUUUAAAGGAGUCCUUCUUGCUGAAAGUAGAUGAUUACUUUUGCUAUAAUGUUAUGAAAGUAUUAAGUUUGUGCUGAAAAUCCAUUGCCAUUUGGUACAAAUGACAUUUGUUCUUUCUGUGAAAGAGAGAUGCCUUCGAGUGUGUUUGUACACAAACCCUUACGAUGGUGAACUGAAGCAUCACGCUCACUGUUCGCAGUGACAGUGGUGUCACAGGGAGAUGGUAGGCAGGUUGGCUCUUCUUCAUUCUAGCGGACACUCCCUCGGUGACCCGGACCCUUCCCCUCUUUGCAGUGCAGUCUGACUCUAGUGUUCCCUUUGAUGUCCCUGUGUGGAAAGCCCCUCCUGCCAACUCUGGCCCUUGCCAGGGUGUGCGAGGUACACGUGUGGACCUAGAGCAUGCAGGCAGCCUCCAUGUUUGAGUACUAUGUUUUGCUGUGUUUAAAAACAUCUGCAUAGUUUUCAACUGGAAAAAGAAAACAGCUUAAGUGCGUACUGUCCUAAAAUGAAAGCUGCUAAAAAUCAUGGGGAGAACAGCUGAGGAACAAAGCUGACUGAGUGACCGGGAGGUGCUCUGCCCCUGGACAGCCCACUCGACUGUCCGGCCGCAUGAGUGUCCGGGCAAGACCUUUUAUGGAAACAACGGUUAGAGAGGAGUCAGCUCUUUCACUUUGUGCAGGUUGGUGAAAACAGACUCCACUCUUCCAGAGAAUUUUAUCUUAUCAUCCUAUGUAUUCUGGGAAGCCGUGUUUUCCCCAUUUUUGGAGCUUGCUGGGUUUAAUAAAACUGGUUAAAAAUGGAGUUUUUUCUUCAAUUGUUUUUUUCCAGGUGAAAACUUUUUAUUUUUUAUUCAGUUUAAAGGUAAAGAAUGGAGGGAAAACCUUGCUAUUUUAAUAAUUAUGUUCAGCCUAUGAUGAGAAGUAUUUGAUGAUUAGACAGCAAUGUCACUAAUAAGUUUUAAGUUAUCAGAAAUUAAUUGUAAACAUCAAUACAGUACUCUUAGUUAUGGUAAAGAUAAUUGUCUUAAGAUGAAUGGCUCAUAUUUUGGUGCAGUGUUUGAUGUUCAAAACAAAAUGUUACAAAAAUAAACAAAC